GCCACUUCCAUACCUGUGGCGCACACUGCACGCGCGCACUCCCUCCCCUCCCCAUUCCCGUUGCCCUCCACCCCGCUCCCGUCACCGGCCGGCGAUGGCGACGGCAGCCGCCGCCACCGCGGCAUCCACGUCGCUCCGGCCGCCGUCUCCAUCCACGCCUCACCUUGCGGGUUUGACCCGUCGGUGGUGUUGGGGGAUCCCGGUGCAGUCCCAAGGACGGAGAGCGUUCCACGCGGAUCGGCGGAGGCGGAUCACUUUGUUAUGUGCAGCUGAUAAAGCUCCUGAAGAAUCCCUCAAGAAGACCAUUGAAGUGGAUAGGCUGAUUGAUAUGCUCAGGGACGCAAAUCCUAGAGAGCUUGAUCAAAUAGUGGUUGAAAACGUUCUGGCAUUCGACGCGGGUUUCUGGGUUCGGCUGGCAGCUAGAAUCGACCUGUGCAACUCAGAUGAUGAUAAAAAAGAUUAUGAAGAGCUGGCAGGAAAUGUCAUGAACAUAGUGGACCGUCUUGUUCACAAGACAAAUCAAAAGAUCGAACAGUCGACUGAUGUGCUGAAGGCAAUCAUUAGUCCUGCAAUGCAUGAAGGAGAAGAUGUGAAGUGGCCACCAAGGGAUCCAGAUACUCUAAAAUUGAUGGAGAAAGAAAUAUCACACCGAGAACAAGAAGGGCAGCUAGAUGAGGGAUUCCUGUCAGAAGUUAGUGCUCAGUUGAGGCAAGCUAAACAAGAUGGAGACAAACCAGGGCUUCAAGCGAUGCUGCAAAAGGUGUUGCAGAUAUAUGCUUCCAAAUCACUCCAAAAGCGUAGUUACGCUUACAAAGGGGGACAAGUCGUAGUUCCUGAAAAGUUUCUCGAAUCUGUAAUACAGGCGCCUGAGAAUGAGUGGAACAAGGUGUUGCUUGAUGGACUUACACUAGGAAAGGGAGAUGUCUCACCAGAUGAGCUUUAUGCCGUUAUAAAUAAGAGAAUUGAGAGAGUCUUAAUUCGCACAGAAGGUGGUUCUUAUCAGCAACGCAUACUCGUUGAAUAUCUAAAAGAGAUACAAGUUAGAGCAGAGGAAGUUGUCAAAGUGCUUCAAGGACCAACAAUUUAAGGUCUUGUGGUCCAGUUUUACGAGAUACAAGAUAAGGACUUGGCUGAAGCUUCUUGAGGCUGUCGACAGAAAACUCGAAACAGGUACAUCUGAUUGUAUGUUGGGACCUGAUCAUUGAUCACACAAGAUAGAGAGAUAGAGCCAGGAGAAGUGCACGAUCACAGCUUAUCGCGUGUGCUUAUUUGAUUGCACAUUUUAAUCUUGAUUUCCUGGCUGUUUUAGCUGUUGGUACAAUGAGAUGUUCCGGUUUUUGUCUGACUGAAAAUUGUAAUGUAGAAAUAUACUGUACCGAACUUCCAAACCGAACCUAUUCAACGAUGGAGAAGAUUCUAAUCGUGAGCUUCAAAGUGUUGAACUUUA